GGCGUGGCGCCGCUGGGGCUGUCGCUGGGCACCCGCUGCGCCGCCCCCAUCUCGCGGCUGCGCGUCGAGAAGAUCGAGGGCGGCCUGCUGGUGGCCGGCGUCGUCGUCGCCGCCAACUGCCAGGUGGCGCUGCCGGCGUUCGGGGCGCUGUUCGCGCUGGCGGGCUGUGUGCUGACGGCGGCGGCGUACCGCGGGCCGGCGGCGGGCGAGCUGCCCGCAGACUACGAGGCGCGCGUCUCGCUGACGGGCAGCUCGCGGGCGCUGGGGCCCGCCUGCCUCGCGGUCGGCGUCGCCAUGCUGGCGGCCGGCGCCGCGCUCUGCCUGCUGGCCCGCCGCGCCAGGCAGCGGCAGCGCCGCGUCGCCUUCCACUGCCCGCUGCACGGAGACUUCUACCCGCUGUCGCCCGUCGCCGGUCAUUCGGCUAACCCGUGUGUCCGCGUUCCAGGCCUGUCGGGGAGCCUGAGCGGGGGCGGCAAGCCGCGCUACGGCAUGCUGUGCUGUCGGGGCCCCGGGGGGCGGCGGCUGUGGGGGGCGGGGGCGCCGGUGCCCACCCCGCAGUGCCCCCACUCGACGCUCAGCUCGACGCGCAGCUCCGUCUCCAGCGCGCCCGCCUCGCCCUGCCCGGCGCCCACGCCCUUCCUCGUCACGUCGGGGUCUGUCAGCAGCGGGAUGCUGCCGUCGGUGGGGGCCAACCUGUCGCCGGACCAGACGUUCGGCUCCAUCAAGUCACUGGCAGCGGGCCGCGAGGUGGCCAGCUUCCCGCUCUCCAGGACGCCGUCACCGCCGCCGCCCCCUCUGGGUGCCGACAGUGCUCAGACAGAUGCCACCACCACCGAGCAGCCGGUCCUGACUGUCGUCGCACCUGCCGCCGACGGUGCCGUAUCGCCGUCACCGACGACCCCGCCGAAAGGACCACGCAAGUCCGUGUCCAUCGUCCUGCCCGAGGACGACGACUCGGGUCGCGGCUGAGGAGGCCGCGGGUUGGGGGCCGGGUGCCCGUACCUCGUGAAGUGUAAAGGUGUGCUUGUGGCGUAACAGGGUGUCACAGAUCUAUUUACCCUUGAAGGACUGACCGGUGCUGUGGAGAACGGGUGUCGAGCUUCAGUGCGUGGACUUUGAAGGCUCUCUCACUUGUUGUAGAGUGGAUAGAGGGAGAGGAAGAGGCAAAUGAGUGUAACUUAUGUACACUUUGAGAUCCACAGUACGUACUGAGAUAAUGAACAACUGUCAGCUCCACAAACAAAUGCUAAUGACUAAUAGGAGCCGAUCCGUUGCCGAUGUAAUUUACGUAUGAGGUGGUACACUUGUUGGUGGACUGUGUGUCUCUCUAAACUGUUUUGCUGGUAGAUCUCCAAACAACAGAAACUGACUGACUAGUGGUUUUAUUGUCUGAUGGUGUCUUUGUUACUGGACCAGAAGAAGGGUACUCCUACCAGCUGGAAGUAUUGGAUAACAAUAAAAAUGUAACAGCAAAUUUUUGAUUGACAGGCUCCUCUGUGUCACGUUUAAUUCAAUCCGCAUACGACAUUUGUACGCUACGGGCACAUUCGAGGUGCCGUCAGUUGUAAUUGCCCACGUCACUUACUAGUGCUUCGCCACACUGACACAAAAUUAUUUGCAGAGCACCGGAGAGGCCCUCAGUGAGCAGUCGAUACUUGUCGUGUAGAGGGUAUAUGUUCUCGCAGGUUUGUGUGUGGCAGUGUAGCACGUCUCUAAUGUCUACGUGGAAACAGUGCCAGUCUGAAACUUUACCAUUUCGUGAGAAACAAAAGGGCCUCCAAACAACUGUGUUCAAUAAUCUCUCUGCUUUGUCAUCUCCUCACCGGAUUUCGCAGUGGAGGAGAGAAAGCGAUAAAUAUUCAAACUGCUCGAUAAGGCAGGCCUCCAAAAUUGGAAAAAAAAAGA